CCAAAUCGAAAUUAUCAGCCGACUCCUUUCGAAGCCACCGCCAAGAAAAUCCCUUCGCCGAACAAGCCAAAUCUCUGCAAACUCUAGGGCUCCUCCUACUCUCGAUUUCCCCCAAAUUCUAGGGUUUUCGAAGAAACUCCAUUCAAAUUUCAUCAUGGGAGACUGGCAAGAUCUCGGCCAGGCCGUCUUCAUCGGCCUCAUCUUCUCCUUCCUCGUCGCCAAGCUCAUCUCCACCGUCAUCUCCUUCAGAGGAGACCGCCUCAAGGUCGUUCGAGAGGAAAAUUUGGUCUCAGAAGCAGUGGAUGUCAAGAAUCUCGAAGGCGAUGCUAGGGUUUCAGAUGACGGUGGCGGCGGCGACGGCGACGACGACGACGACGACGACGAUUGGGAAGGGAUCGAGAGUACUGAGCUGGAUGAGGUGUUUAGUGCGGCGACGGCGUUUGUAGCGGCGACGGCGGCGGAUCGGAACUCGGCGAGGGUGUCGAAUGAGGUGCAGCUGCAGUUGUAUGGGUUGUAUAAGAUUGCGACUGAGGGGCCUUGUACCAAGCCUCAGCCUUCGGUGCUUAACGUCGUGCUAAGUGGUAAGUGGAAUGCUUGGCAGAGAUUAGGUGCAAUGCCUCCAGAAGAAGCAAUGGAGAAGUAUAUUACAAUUAUCAGUGAGAUUUAUCCAUCCUGGGCAGAUGCUUCAGCAAGUAAAAGGAAAGGUGAAGGUACUAGUGAUUCUGGCAAAGCUUCAAAAGGACCAAUGGGACCGGUUUUCAGCAGUUUUGUUCACGAAGAAGAGUCGGACAAUGAUCUAAAGCUGGAUGCCAUACAUGCUUGUGCCAGAGAAGGAGAAGCUGAGAACUUACUUAGGCAUAUUGAGAAUGAUGUUCCAGUUAAUUCGAGAGAUAGUGAAGGGAGGACACCUUUGCAUUGGGCUGUAGACCGUGGCCAUUUUAAUGUAGUAGAAUUACUUCUGAACAGGAAUGCGGAUGUGAAUGCUCAGGAUAAUGAGGGCCAGACACCACUGCAUUACGCUGCUCUUUGCGAUAGAGAAGCUAUAGCUGAGUUACUUGUCAAACACAGUGCAGACACUGAUAUGAAGGAUGAAGAUGGUAAUUCCCCGAGUGAUCUCUGUGGUUCUUCAUGGGCUUUCAUAACAUCUUCAAAGUAAUCAAAGCCUUCGCAGAGAAAUGCUGAAAUUUGA